ACCACUGCACUCCAGCUUGGGCAACAGAGCCCGACCCUGUCUUAAAGAAAAGGCUGUUUCUAGAGUGUCAUGUAGCAAACAGUUUAAGGACUGGGACUCAGGAAUCCAACUCCCACAAUUUCCCUGUGUGACCCUAGGCAUUUGACUCAGCCUCUCUAAGCCUUGGUUUUCCUGUUUCUGAAAUAAAGAGCUCGGACUAGGUAAUUUCCAAGAUCCUAUGAACCCAGGAGAAAGAUGAGGAAAUGUGCAAGAAUAAACACUCAGGCGGAAAUGCUGCAACCCUGAGAGGCUCCCAGGAUGAAUGAAAGGCAUAGGACCCUCUUACCCUCACUGUCCCAAAAGCCAGUUUCUCAAACCUUUCUUGUAGCCCCUUCAAAAAGGAAAAACUUAACUUAUACAAGUCACAGUUCAAGGACUUUGAAUAGAUUAUUCGUAUGAUUGCUCAAAAGUAACUCAAAAGGAUAGGGCUGUGAUGAGGAAACCUCUUAGGAAAGAGACCUUUUGUAUAUGUCAAUCAGUUUCUCUGCCUUCUGAAUGCAUCUCAUGUUCUGAAAGAUUUCUGGGUUCAUCUUUUGAGAUAACCUCUAUGGCUGCGUGUGUGUGUGUGUAUUUUUUUAAUUUUGUAUAGUGAUUGGAGAUUGGUAAAGAAUAAUACAGUACGUUUUAAUACAAACUUUGUAUGGACUUGUUUUCCAUUAGAGUGUGUGUUUGUGCCACAGAUUGGUGCAUCUGCUGGCUUCUCUAGGAUUGCACUAACUCCUAGCUCUGCUUGGUGGCCUGCGGAGGCCUAGGGCGCAUUCACCUCCCUCUGCUCGACAUCACGUGGUGUCCUAGCGCCAGACAUCAGGCGAUGCUGUACAUUACCCAAGACGUUGGACAGCUCUGGAAUUUCCCAUCUCACCACUCAUCAAGUUAAAAGGGGGAAAUUACCGCCUUCUCAGCAGUCACUGAAAGAAAUUUGCGUAAUAAAUGAUUUGGCUUUGUGUUAUUUAUCCCUGGGGAGGAGAAGGGUAAAGAAGACCCUCUCAAACUGGAUUUGCUGAUGGAGUGCUUUUAACUCACCUGUGCGAAGAGAGGGCAUUAAGAGAGGGCGUGCCUGUGCCUGGGACAAAAACCUAGAAAAUACUGAAAGCCACCGUCGUUCCAGCAUCCAGAUCUCAGUCCUGGGCUGGCGUUGUAGGGUAUUUAUCUGACUUGACGGCGCCUUUCAAAGCUUCCGCCUCCUCGUGUGCACCUGCCAAGCUCAGGAGCCUCGCGGGCGGACCCGGGCCGUGGGGUGGGGCCUGCAGCGGGAGAGGAGCCUGGUCGCCCGGCCCCGCCCCGCCCCGCCGGUUCCCGGAAGCGACCGAGGAAAAGCACUCCCGAGCGCAGGCGGGGGUCUUGUGCCUGGCGGAGGCCGCGGCACCCCCUGGGCCCGCCCGGGCAGCCGGCGCGGCCAUGGCGCGGAGCCUCAGGAGCUGGCUGGGCGGCUGCCUGCUGAUGUCAGCAUUGGGAAUGGUGCCACCUCCUGAAAAUGUCAGAAUGAAUUCUGUUAAUUUCAAGAACAUUCUACAGUGGGAGUCACCUGCUUUUACCAAAGGGAACCUGACUUUCACAGCUCAGUUCCAAAGUUAUAGGACAUUCCAAGAUACAUGCGUGAGUACUACCUCGACGGAAUGUGAUUUCUCAAGUAUUUCCAAGUAUGGUGACCACACCUUGAGAGUCAGGGCUGAAUUUGCAGAUGAGCAUUCGGACUGGGUAAACAUCACCUUCUGUCCUGUGGAUGACACCAUUAUUGGACCCCCUGGAGUGCAAGUAGAAGUACUUGCUGAUUCUUUACAUAUGCGUUUCUUAGCCCCCAAAAUUGAGAAUGAGUAUGAAACUUGGACUAUGAAGAAUGUGUAUAACUCAUGGACUUAUAAUGUGCAAUAUUGGAAAAAUGGUACUGAUGAAAAGUUUCAGAUUACUCCUCAGUAUGACUUUGAGGUCCUCAGAAACCUGGAGCCGUGGACAACUUAUUGUAUUCAAGUUCAAGGGUUUCUUCCUGAUAGGAACAAAACUGGGGAAUGGAGUGAGCCUGUCUGUGAGGAAACAACCAAUGACGAAACGGUCCCCUCCUGGAUGGUGGCCAUCAUCCUCAUGGCCUCGGUCUUUGUGGUCUGCCUGGCACUCCUUGGCUGCUUCGCCUUGCUGUGGUACAUUUACAAGAAGACAAAGUACGCCUUCUGCCCUGGGAAUUCUCUUCCACAGCACCUGAAGGAGUUUUUGGGCCAUCCUCAUCAUAACACGCUUCUGUUUUUCUCCCUUCCAUUCUCGGAUGAGAAUGAUGUUUUUGACAAGCUGAGUGUCAUUACAGAAGACUCUGAGAGUGGUAAGCAGAAUCCCGGUGACGGCCACAGCCUCAGGACCCUGCCUGGCCAGGGAUCCCAGAGCUAGGCUCGGAGAAGGAAAGACAUUGGCUGGGCACAGUGACGCACUCCAUCUCACAGCUGCCUCAGUGAGGGAUCAGGGCAGCAAACGAGGGCCAAGACCACCUGAGCCAGCCCCACAUCUGGAACUCCUAGACCCUGGACUUAUCUAAGAAACCAGAGAGCUACAUUUUAAAGGCUGUCUUGGCAAAAAUACUCCAUUUGGGAACUCACUGCCUUCUAAAGGCUUUCACAAUGUUUUUAAAAGUUGGCCACUGAGAAUGUAAUGUUCAGCCUCUUAUAUCACUAAAAAAGAAUCAUGUUUUAAUUGUGAGAAACAGGGCCGAGCAUAGUGGCUCACACCUGUAAUCCCAGCAUUUUGGGAGGCCAAGGCAGGCGGAUCACCUGAGGUCAGGAGUUUGAGACCAGCCUGGCCAACAUGGUAAAACCCCAUCUCUACUGAAAGUACAAAAAUGAGCUGGGCGUGAUGAUGCACACCUGUGAUUCCAGCUACUUGAGUGGCUGAGGUGGAAGAAUCGCUUGAACUAGGCGGAGAAGGAGGUUGCAGUGAGUCAAGAUCACGGCACUGCUCUCCAGCCUGGGUGUAGAGUGAGGCUCAUCUCAAAAAAGAAAAAAUUGUGAGAAACAGAAAUAUUUAAAAUGAGGAAUAAGAAUGGACAUUUAACAUUCUACUAGAUUAUGGAUAGACUGAUCUGAAAAUCAACCUCAACUCAAGGGUGGUCAGCUCAAUGCUACACAAAACAUGGAUUUUUGAAUUCUUUAGAGUACUUUGAAUUUAUUUUUCUACCUAGAUAUGUUUUAUAUGCUGCUGGUGCUCCAUUAAAGUUUUACUCUCUAUUGCACUGUA